AUGAAAGCUCAUACUUUAGGCGAAUCACUCAUUCUGCCUGUGUGUAAGAAGAUUGUAAAGACAAUGCUGGGAAAUGAAGCAGCAAAACAAAUGAAUAAGAUCCCUCUGUCCAACGAUACCGUCCACAAACGUAUUCUAGAAAUGCCAUUUAGUAUCGAGAAAAAUAUUUGUAGUAAUAAACUUCAGUUUUCAGAUUUUGCAUUAGAAACCGAUGAGUCAACAGACAAUGCCAGCAAAGCGCAAUUCUUAACAUUUAUUCGUUUUCUUGAUGAAGAUCAAAUUAUAAAUCAAUUUCUUUUUUGCAAAGAAUUAAGUGCGAAUGCAAAGGGCGAAGAUAUUUCCAACAUUUUGAUUAAUUACCUGUGCAAAUGGCAAAUAUCAUGGAAGUCGUGUGUCGGCAUUUGUAUAGAUGGAGCUCUAUCAAAGGUAGGCUGCGUUAAGGGCCUUACAUCUUUUGUAAAAAAGCAAAAUGAAAAUGUCAUAACUCACUGCUUUCUUCAUAGAGAAGCAUUGAUGACAAAAACAUUAGGAGACAAAUUAAAAGAAGUUUUGAAUCAAGCUGUUGAAUUUGUAAAUUAUAUAAAUACAAGACCAGUAAGGUCACGUUUAUUCGAGCAGUUUUGUAUCGAUAUGGAUGAGCUAUGA